CCCCGCCCCCUCUCUCUCAUUCGGCACAAAACACCUUCCGCAAACCCCCGCCACCUGCGCUACUGCUGGCAAAAAUAUCGCACCCACCCCCGUUCUGCUACUCAAGCCCGAAGAUGCUGAAAGGGACUACGCUGUUUGCGGUUGCGGCGGCCGGGCUCCUGAAUGUCGCCGUCUCGCAAGAGUUUCCCGCAAUGGAGUUCGUGAUCCCACUGUACAUCGCUCCGAUGUUCGACAACGGCACCACCGUCACGAUUGACCCGCAGUGGACGGCGCUUGCCGAGACAGCGGCGACGGGUGCGACCGUGUUCGGGAUCCUCAACCCGGCGAGUGGGCCGGGUGAGGUCACCGACACCAGCUACCCGGACGUGAUCGAUUACGUGAAGGACGCGGGAGCCAAGAUGCUGUGCUACGUGGCGACGACGUACGGCAACAAGACCACGGACUCUGUGGAGGAGGAGAUCAUGGCCUACCAAAGCCUGUACCCCGGUGCCUGCGACGGCAUCUUCUUCGACGAGGCCCCGCACCUGCUCACCGAUGCCGUCAUCCUCGAGAUCUACACGGCCCACAACAGCUUCGCGCACUCGACUCUCGACACCACCACCGAGGAAGCUCGAGUCGUCUUCAACACCGGCCAGGCGGCAGACGAGCAGUACUUUUCCUUCUCGCCCCCGGCUGAGGUCUUGGGAUACGAGAACUAUUUCAAGGCCGUAAGGCAGCUCGGAGUGCCGGAAACCAGCGACAUCUCUACGCCGCCCCAGAACAUGCUUCUCCUGCAUAGCGCCACGGAGCUGGCCGAGAAGCCUGAGCUGAUCCAACCCUUCAUGGACAAGGCCUACUGCAAGGGCUGGGGCACGGUGUACGUGACUGAUGACCUCUUCGACGAGGGCAACCCUUGGGACAACCCGCCGACCUUCUGGACAGCCUUCAUCGAAGCCGCGAGGAACAUCCCCACCGUGGAGUCGUGCGGGGACGGGGGCCUCAAGAUCAUCGCCCCCCUCCUCGGCAGCGAUGACGCCGACACGGAGGCCAUCAUGGCGACCGCCGACCCGGGAGACUACGGCGACAGGAUCAUGGUCGCCAUGAACGUUGAGAUCACCGAGACCGGCGAGUCUACCGACAGGGCUGCCGCUGUCAGGGACGCCGGGGCCAAGGUGCUCUGCUACAUCGAGGCCGACAAGUACGGCAACGACCUGGCCACCCUCGAGGAGGUCGUGGAGACGUUCACCUUCUUCCCCCUCAACGAGAUCUGCGGCGGGUUUUUCUUCGGGGCCUUCAACAUCCUGCUGGCCAUCGAGGACAUGCCUGGCAUGCAGUCCCUCUACCUCAAGACCCAGAAAACGUUCCUCCAGCCGACCGUGGUGUUCGCACCCGAGGUCCAGGAUUACUCGGAUGGCUUCGAAUCGAGCUACAGCUUCAGCUACGACUUCGUGGAAGACGACUGGUACAGCACGAACAACUGGGACAGUACCACCAACUUCGAGCUCCCUUGGGAAGACGUUAUGACCGAGACUGACCUCGUUGCGCUGGCGGAGUCCCUCACCGUGGGGCUGGGUGACGGCGCCACUGCCGGCGAGAUCGUGGUCGCAGAGGCUAUGGACGGCGGCUCGAUCAUCCCCGAGGCCCCCGAGCCCAACGAGAGCACCGCCGCCCUCAUCACCGGCUACGCCGGGGCCCCGGAGGAUGUGAUGUUCGACCUGUUUACCAAAAACUGGGCCUACGGUUACGUGACGAACUACGACGACUUUGAGUUUCUGAGCACUCAGUGGUCCGCCGUCGUCGCCAGCGCUUACGACACGGAGAGCUUCGUUGAGAUCGUCUAAAGAUGAACGUACUAAAAACUCGCCCGACCGGGCCCGAUUGCAUGGACGAAAAAAUGGCGACAGGGAGAAAGAGAGAGACGGCCGGCCGCCGGCAGUCAGAGCGUUGGCUACCGGAGUUCAAACCGCACGGCACUCGUUGGGUGAAGGAGCGCGUGUGACUGCUACAACCCGAAUACAAGCCACACGAAACCCGGGGAAGAAGUGUUUUGAGUGUUUGGUUUGCCCUCUUCUUUUCCUCGGUAGAAGCGUCGUUCCCUUAAUACACGUUUUGUUCGAUGUUGCUGUUUUUUCUCUGUUCUGCUGAAGUUUCAACUCCGUGACGAGGUACAAAAAUAAAGUGUUGUAGACUUCCUCGCGUUGUGUGUGUGUUCGUGUGUCUUUUUAGGGGGGUCGUUCGCUUGUUUCCUGGAUUUGCUGGGAGUCCCAAUCCGUGUAUGAUGGAAUGGAUGGGCAGACUCACUUUCCCUGUGCACCACAGCGUAUUUUGUCCAUGUCCUGCCCGGUGCGCGCGAAAUUAUCUUGAGCCCGUCCUUCGAUGGCUUUUUGAAACAAUUUUGUCCAUCGACGACUUCUUAUGUGUGAGUAGCGUGUGCACGGAUUGUUUGUAGCGUUGUUGUGCAUGCGGUACAUAGAUGCACCACAGAAACUAGCGUCUGUUUUAAUUUGGAGUGGCUGAAGGCAGAGGGGGAAAAAUUGGUCUAGGUUGCAGUCUACAUCGAUUGCUCUCGCACGAUGAGUGCUAAUCGUUGCAGAUGUGCAUGUUGUCAUUGUUUGUUGCCUUCUCUUCCUCUCUCUCUUGAGAAGGAGAGUAGAGAGGGCGCAAAGAAACACCAGUGGUGAACAACGGAAAAGUUAAGGUAGAAGUGGUGGGUUGUGUUGUCUUGGCACCCCGAGUACGGUUUGGUUCACGCCUUACACUUACCAUUUCGCGACGUCAGGUCAGGUCAGGUGUUGAGGGUGAGGGGUAUAUUAACCCCUUGGCACAUGAGAAACCUAGGAGCGCGUGUAGUGUUCGGUGCGGUGGUGCAGUAGUAUUGUAAUGCAGUCGAUACUUGCUUCGUGUGUUGCUUGUGCGAAACCCUGACAAUGGUGUUUUUUUUCUGUAUUUACGUAUUUUUGGUACGCUGAUGACGUUCCCAUUCGGGGGGGGGGGGGAAGGCCGAGACUCCGAAGUGCCCUGUGGGUUGGAUUUUACCAUGUAGUAGCCGAGGGUCUGUACCCGUACGAGUUGUUCAAGCUGCCUGGUACUAUCUACCACGCUGAAGUGUGCUUGGGUGUGGUCGCUCAAAGAGCUGCCUUCGCAGCUUUGCAGCGGGUGGUGUCGUUGCGACGUCCACGGUGCGCGGUGCUGCUGCACGUGACGGGUGGCUUGCCUUUGGUUUGCUGUGUUCGCGUGGCUCCGAUUCGAGGAGACCGCCGUCCAUGUCCCAAGCCUAGACGUAUCUUAAUUUGGUUGCUGUUAGCAUGAGUGUGUUCUUGGACGACUUGUAGCAAGAUGAGUCGAGGGUAAGAGGGUACAUAAUAUAUUUCUGAUACCCUAUCGAUUCUUGGAUUUGCGGUCGCUAGGCCUGUUGCCGUUUGGAGCGAAGACGCGAAGAGAAAAGGCUCGGGCAGUUUUCUGUUUCUACACAUUAUCUUGGUCUCAGGUGGAAGGAAGGGGGGGGGGGCGCGGGGAGGUGAUACCUACCGCGUGGCCCUCCUGACUUCACCAUAGUUAAGGUUUGAAGAGACGAAGGAGUUGAUUGACGAAGUGUUUGCACUUUCAAUGAGAUGAGUGAGUAACCAUACAUUUCCACCCUCCCAAGUCUUCAAAAAAUCAACAUCUCGCACUAUACACUACCGGAUUCAAGUGUUGACGUCACACUAUUUUGAAAGCAUCUCCUCGUCGUUGCAUCCCUGUCUACACGUCGAGUGGUAGUAGAAAGUAGUAGGCGAUGUGGCAGAAGGAAAAUUCGCGUCUGAACGUCCGUUCAGUCUUCAGCGCGGUUCGGCCGUUCGGAUUGUGGAGUGCACACGGCUAUCUAUGCAUAGCAUCCGGCGCCUGGAAAAGCUCCUUCAUAGCUGGGCCAAGCGACCUUCUUCGCACUCUCCGCGUCUUCUUCUACGGCGCCACCAUCAUAAUCGUGGCGUGGGUAGACGAAGACGGCGAUACUGGCCUUCCAUCCCCGACGGGAUCCCUCGAUUAUAGACACCCAAAUUUCCUCAAUCUCUACUACCGUGGUACAUCUAUCGCCCAUCUACCUCUUGAUACAAGUGGGCCCACUCGGCGGGAUUCUCUUGAGCUCCAUCGUCCUGGCCGGGGCGGGCUUGUACAAGGUCACCGCCAUGGCAAUACCGCACGCGGCGGCGGCGCCGAUGACGACUGUGGCCAGGACCCAUGCUGCUGGUGCUCGCGACGACAGCAGCACCUCCGAGGACGACGGGCGCGAUCGUGGUCGCGCCUCUUCCCGCCUUCUCCCUCCACGGACGGCGAUCGAGAGUCGUCCCUCUCGUCCUCACCUACCCUGGGCGAGAGAGAGAGGCCAAACAAACCCAACCACUCAAAUAAACGUGCUGUUGGAUAAACCGGGU